AGAGGGGCGGUCUGCGCAGCUGCCUGCAGCCGUGUGAUUUGACACGGAGCUGAUACGCGAUUCCCUGAAUCACGGUCUCAGUGUCCUUGUCAGCAGUCAGAUCCGUGCAAGAGAAAGCAACAGGCCAGAACCACGCAACAUGAAGCACCUUCUGACACUGCACCGCCUGGCAUCUCGGUCCUUCUCUACCUCGGUCCGAGACCAGCUGAGGAACAAAGUCUUGGAGAAUCAGAAAAUCUUUCAGGCAGACAACGACCUUCCCGUUCAUCUGAAGGGCGGUACUGUGGAUCUUCUGAUGUAUCGUUUCACCAUGGCCCUCACGAUUGGAGGAACCAUAUUCUCCCUGUAUAAUUUAUUCCGUGCUGCAUUACCCAGACCAAAGGCAUGAGGGAGCCAGUUUUGGGCAUCGCACUGUCACUCUACUGAAAAUGGAGAAAACCAACAGUGUGUGUGAAAAAUGAUUGACUUUGAGAGGGACACCAUGCUGUCUCUUGUACUUUGUGUUUCCAGCUACUAUUAAAAUGUUUUCAG